AUGCAAAAUGUCAUCGAGACUUCCACAAGUCCCGCGUUUCAGGAAGCAUGGCGCAAACAUUGGGACGAUCUCAGCGAUAGUGAGAAAGGCCUAUGGAGUCACCAACAUACUCAAACUCCAUUACAGAUAGAAGAAACUAUGAAGAAACUGGAUAAGGAUCAUUUGGAUGAGUCGUUACUUAGGAAAAUCUCCGAUCGUACCCUGGGUUUCCUACAAGUCAUCGAUUUAUUGAUGCGUGGUGCUACAGUGGCAGUCCAAGGAGCCCCUAGUGUUGGUUCCGUGGUUCUCGGGGUGUUUCGCGUUGUAAUUGAUGCUGCAGUCAGAUACCUUGAGUAUUACGAAAAGUUGACGGAAAUGAUGGAAUAUCUCAUAGGGCUUCUCCAUACAGUAGGUGUUUACGACGGCAUCAAGUUCAAUGAACCGCGGUUACAUGAGACCUUGGUCUCAAUCUAUGCAAGCAUACUUGCCUUCUGCUCGGAUGCCCUUGAAGUCUUUGCUAAAGUCCAGUGGGCUCCGUUUGAAAAGAAAUUUGGCCAGAUACGGGACGACUUACAACAUCAAAUCGAGAAUCUGAAUAUAGUGUCUAAUGCAGUAACCAUGAAAUCAGUCAUGGCAAUUGAAGCGAAUAUGAACAAAAAGCAAUCUCUGAAAGCACAGAAGGAGAGACGGGACUUUCUUGACUGGAUAUGCAAGCAUGAUGUUGAGACUUUGCAUGAUGAGAUCGACAAUAAACGACACAAGGACACCGGAUCAUGGCUCCUCGAGACUGACUCUUUCAAGAGUUGGGUCAACCAGAACAAGGAGAAUAUUCUAUGGCUGAAUGGCCCUCCUGGCACGGGGAAAAGUGUUCUUGCCUCGGUGGCCAUUAACCAUUUGAUCAAACGCAGUAAACACACCCAAGAUACAGUCAUAUAUGCGUACUUCAAGGGAGAAGAAACGAAUUCGCAGUACUUACCAACACAGAUGAUAUCCAGCCUAGUGAAACAGCUAUGUUGGGCUCUUCCCGCACUCCCUGAACCUGCCAUAGAGUUCUACAGCAAUUUUCUAAUGAACGGACGAAGACCCUCGUUUAAUGACCUAGAAUCCCUGUUUCUGAAAUGCUUAAAGCUUUUUGAACGUGUGUUUGUCGUUCUCGAUGGCCUAGACGAAUGCGAGCAGAAACAUCGAAAGAUGAUACUCAACUUUGUGUUUGGUAUUGGAGCUCAGAGCGAGGAUGCGAAGAUCUUCGUCGCUAGCCGAAAGCAGAUUGAUAUACUACAUGCAUUUCGACGUCACAAGUUUCUUCACGUGAGCUCUAGGGAUCCUCUCGCGCAAGAGGAUAUUGCGAAAUUGAUCAAACAUCGGGUAGCGACAGAACUCAGUCAUAUUGACCCGGAAGUUCGGGAGACUGUCGUCCAGACAGUAACUGAGAAAUCUAAUGGAAUGUAUCUUUGGGUGGACCUUCAAUUGACUGACAUAGCACAAGUCCCUGAAGCCGACAUCGAAAGGCAAUUAGAGUUAUUGCCUUCUGGCCUCGAAGAUACGUAUGUGUCCAUCUUUCGAAAGAUGAAUACCCUUCCACAAACAACUAGAACCCUCGUGCAGCUUUGUUUCCUCUGGGCCCUCAAUGCUAAAGUCGUUCUGACUUCAGGCACCCUCAUUGAUGCUGUGUCUCUCUCACACAAGACUACGGCCCAACAGAAGAAGCCGUAUGACGCUCAUACUCUUAACGAGGUUACUUUUGGUCUUCUCACCAUAGGAAUAAUCCCAUAUUUCCGCGUGAGAACGAUUCACUUUUCGUUAAAAGAGUUUGUUACUGAUCCCAACGCGAACCACCCGGACGACCUACGAGGCUUUCUCCCGGAUACAGGAACAGCAAAUGCCAAAAUGGCUAUUAUGUGCCUUCAACAUCUGAUGAGUGAUACGGAACCGCAAGACUUUUUCGAGACAUGCCUGAGUUACUGUGCCGAACAUUUUGAUGGCCAUAUCCAGAGUGUAACGAUAAUACCGGAAGAAUUGUGGAAAGUUCUUGACUGCAUAUUUCUGGAACGACCAGAGAUGCUGAAGCGUAUUUUGGCUUGGAAAUGGCCUUCACAGGCCUAUGACUACCCAAGCAUUGUAUGCAUGGGCAAUCCAAAAUCCGUCGACCGUGAUGUAUUCAUGCGAUGCACGAAACUUCACGAGAUACCCGCGGUUUGGUCUCGCUAUAGGGUCGCCGAUAGAUCGACGCAAGACUAUCCACUUGACAACGUCUUCCUAGCUGCUCUCUUUGGUCUAGAUGACAUCCUCGAAAAGAUCAUCUUCCAAGGCGUCAAUAUCAAUGGCGCGACAGCUGAUAGAUUUACUGCCCUUCAUCUCGCUAUUGGGGUGUUUUCAGAAGAUAGCGAAUAA